GCCACGUGUGCCUCUCCUGCUCUUAUAUUGCCUGAAAAUGGACACUCUGGGAAGCACAAAGGAAGCUGGGGCCAUGGCCCCCUGCCAUCACCAGUAAAUCUACCCCUGGGUGGAUCAGCCCUUCUGGUUAAACGGGUCACUGCCCUUCCUCUUUGGGCCUUCCCCAUCAUCACCGAACGAGACUGCCACCGAGAUGAGUCAAACCGUCAGACAACAUCUGCAUCCUCCGCACACCACGUCCAUGCGCUUGGAUAGUUCAACUGGUGGGCUCAGCCCAGGCAGCGGAAGCAAAGAAACCCUGGUUGACUCGGGGGCGUCUGGUAGCUGAACCUUUUCAGUGUCCCAAGCACAGCUGGGUGAUCUGGUUCAUUUUUGACUGAUCCCAGAAGGUAGACGAGGCCUGUGAAGACAGCGGUGAGAGAAAGUCUGGCCUUGAAUGGAUGUACUCUACCAGGGUUUGAGAUCUGCUGACCUGUAGACUCUUGCAUAACUCCAUCCUCUCAUCCCUAGCUCCGGACCUGAAAAGGUGGCUGAGAAAACAGCUUCAUUAAUAACCCUGAACACUCACUCAGUGCUGAAGUGACGAGCGUUAGAAAGAGUCUGUGAAGAAAUGGAAAAGCAGAAUGUUGGAGCACACUGAUUUGAGGACAAGAUGAAGUUUCCGGCCACGUGACUUUCAGCUUACAUCCCUGAGGUUCUGAGAAACCACAGGAGGCUGAGACCUAAAGGGAAGGUGCAGAGGCUCUGAGAGGAGAGGCAGCGAAAGUGUCGGAGUGCUGUGCAGGAGGACAGAGUGCUUCUGGGACGGGUGAGAGAAGGGAGCCAAGGGCCACAUCAGAGGUGACAGAGGAGGACAGAGGAGAGGCAGAGAAGCAAGACUGAAAGCAGGCACACCAAGAGCACAAAGGAAGCUGAAGAGAACCUGGGAGCCAGGAACAGCAGCCAUGCCCCACAGCUCUGACAGCAGUGAUUCCAGCAGCUUCAGCCAGUCUCCCCCUCCCAGUAAGCAGGACUCUUCUGAUGACAUGAGGAAAGUCCAAAGGAGGGAGAAGAAUCGCAUUGCUGCCCAGAAGAGCCGCCUGAGGCAGACCCAGAAAGCAGACACACUGCACUUGGAGAGUGAGGACUUGGAGAGACAGAAUGCUGCCCUGCGCCGGGAGAUCAAGCAGCUGACAGAGGAAAUGAAACACUUCACCUCGAUGCUGAGCUCCCAUGAACCGCUCUGCUCCAUCCUGACACCCCCUCCACCACCUCCAGAAGUGAUUUAUGCCACACACUCUUUUCACCAGCCCCAUAUUAGCUCCCCACGCUUCCAGCACUGAGCCAGCCAGCAGGACAGCAGCCUGCCAGCUCCACUGAUGCCAAGAAGUAACUUUGUGGGGCUUGCUUUUCCAUCCAUGGGAAGGAAUUGGACAGAUGGACACUCCUUCUUAAAGUAUGUAUUCUGGGUGAUUUUCCUAAGACUUGCUCCCUGUGCAGAAAUGGCAGAGCCACUAUGAGGCAUAUUUGGACAGUUUCCAGCUUGGAUUCUGGGAGGAAGAGGCAGUCACAAAAGGGCACCAACCCCCUUCUCUGGUCCUUGCUUGGGGAGACUCACAGGAGUGUGCAGCACUGGCAGCCUCCAUAAGAGCAGCUGGCUGUGGCACGCAACAGCCAGACCUCCAGGAAGAGGAA